CGGUUAUCUCCCAUGUGUGUGAAAUAGAGCAUCCUGUUUUCAUUUUGUGACAAAGUUGUCUGAAAGAACAACAGAUUAAUAUCUUUGGAAUUCACUAUUUAUUUGGAAUAUUUUUAUAAUUAUGAGUGGUACAACAAAAAGAAGGAGUUCUGAGAAAAGAAAGGAAAAGUCAAGAGAUGCAGCUAGAAAUCGUAGGAGCCAGGAAGCUGAGAUAUUUUCUCAGUUAUGUAAUGCCCUUCCUGUUCCUAGUAAUGUCCAGGCUCAGCUAGACAAAUCCUCAGUCAUGAGAAUUGCCAUCAGUCAUCUAAAAUUGGCGAAAAUCAUAGAAAAAGCAAAUGAUGAAGAUGAGAAAACAGAUCAUUUGUGGAUGAAAGCAUUAGAAGGAUUUGUCAUUAUCUUAUCAUCAGAUGUUGAUAUCAUUUUCGUAUCAGAGAGUGUUGCUAAAUACCUGGGCAUUUCACAGAUUGACUUAAUAGGGCAGAGUUUACUAGAGUUUCUUCAUCCCUGUGACCAUGAUGAGAUAGUAGAUCUCUUGUCCCACAAGACCACCAACAAGAAGAAGUCGCUGUUUCUUCGUAUGAAGUGUACACUCACGACUAAAGGAAGAAGUGUCAACCUAAAAUCUGCUUCUUACAAGGUGAUCAGACUGUCUGGCGAAUUUAAAGAAUUUGAGAUGGAAGAAACAAGCGAUGAGAAUAAGGAGAACAUGUCUCAGCAGUACUACAUUGCCGUUGGAGAGCCAAUUCCACACCCAUCUGACAUAGAGAUUCCGCUGGAUGGCAAUACCUUCCUAUCUAAACACAACAUGGAUAUGACUUUCACAUACUGUGAUGAAAGAAUUGAGAAGUUGAUUGGUUAUGACAGUGAAAAUUUGGAGAAGGAAUCUAUUUAUAACUACCACCAUGCCUUAGACUCUGAAAACUUGGAGAAAUGUUACAAACAAUUAUUCUCCAAAGGACAAGUCAUGACUGAACGCUACAGAUUUUUGGCAAGAAAUGGAGGCUAUGUAUGGGUGAUCACCCAGGCAACCAUCAUAUACAACAAUCGUACACAUAGACCAGAAAGUGUUGUGUGUGUUCACUAUGUACUUAGUGGUGUUGAAGAGAAGAGUUUGAUUCUGGCUGGGUUCCAGAAAGAAAUCAAAGAAGACAGCAUGUUGAAGUUUUUCAAACCAAGCACUGAGGACGUCUUUCAACCUAAAUCAGAAAUAUGCCAAGAAGAAAUGGAUAUGUACAUGGCUCCUGGCAUGACUAACAGUAUGAUGGCAGAUACUACCAUUGACCUUACUCACCUGGCACCUAAUGCUGGAGAUGCAUGUAUACCACUAGCACUGCCUUUCGUAGCAUCUCCAGAAGAAUCAACAACAGAUGAGAAAUACAAGAAAGCAGAAGAUCUCUUUCCAAGCUUUAAGAAAGAGCCUGAUAGCUUUCUGGCUUGUCGUGGUCAAGACAAACCUAUAAGUACUGGCACAACUCCAGUUACUUCACCAGGACAGCCAAGUCCUCCAACACCAGAGGAUUAUUUGGCACCUUUCGAUCCUAAUGACAUGGACUUCAUGAACACAUUCUUCACUGAUGCACUACCAAAUAACAAUGAUGCUACUUUAGAGGACUUGAGCAGUAGAGCUCCCUAUAUAUCAAUGAAUGCAGAAAACGACUUCCGACUUUAUCCGCCUACAAGUGAAGAGUUACUUGGUCUGAACAAAGAUUUCAAUCCUGUUUUCUAUGAAAGAACAGAGUCCGUGUUCAUACCGAAGGAGAAGAUUUUCCCAGAACAACCGAAGGAAUGUUCUCAUAGCCUUAGAGACUUAUUGGAAGCCCAAAAUGCUCUAUCCAGUAUAGAGAUUCCACAGGAUAAACAAAUACUUUCAAUGAAGAGACCCCUUGAUAAGAGCAGUCUUGAGAAAGGACCACCUGCAAAAAUGUUGAAAAGGGGAGCUGGACCACAGACAAGUCCAAAAGCGAAGUCCAGUUUCGACAGUGUACUCCUCAAUCUCUUGUUGACAGGUGAGGACAAGCAGUAUGGUUACACAACUAAAGAUCUGAAAUCACCAAAAGUUCCAAAGGUGUCCAUAGCCCAGCCAAGAGCAGCUACAAACAUAUCACAGCCACAGCGGACCAUUCUCCCAGGAAAGGACCUCUGGUAUACUCUCAAGAUGAUGACUCCAGACGUCUCAAUGUAAAAAAUGACUCAAAUGAAAGCUUGGUACUGUGUGUAGUCAUCUAUAUAUUCCAUGUGUAGUAACUCUUUGAUGACAUAUAUCUUAUAUUAUAUUGUAAGAUGACAUAUAUUGUAUAUUGUAUGACGACAUAUAUUGUAUGAUGACAUAUAUACUGUAUGACAACGUAUGAUGACAUAAUAGGGCAUUGCCAUAUUUCAUCAUCAUACUUUCGGAAUUUGCUUAGUAGUUAUGGUAGGUGUAACAUAAGUUUAGGACUCACGUGCAAUUAUGAUCAGAACCUAAAAAGAAAAUGAUAAAGUGCAGACAAGAUGUUUGAUGGAAAUUAUAAAGCUGUGAUGAAUAGGAAAUUUCGCUUUUAUGUAAAUAAGAGAUGAUCAAAGCCAUGGAAACAGGGUACAGUGAUAAGAACAAUGAUGUUGAACUGACAUUUGACAAAUAGAUAGUUAUGAACUAGCCUUUAUUUACAUUUCAAUUCUUGGAGGUGUGUUUCUUUUAUUUCUAUUCUUGUGGCCCAUGCAAAAAAAAAAAAACCAGAAAAGUUUUCACAAAUAAUGGUUUAUUUGAACCCCUGUUGUGCAGAGCAUUUAUUUAAAAUCAUAGGCUGUCAAAUCAAGUAUGCAUCAUAAUUUACUUUUCAUAACAUCACAAGAGGAGAUUAAAAAUUUUCAAGAAACACUGAGAAAAAAGUAUGGGGGCACUGAAGAAAUAUUUUGUUUGUUAUAUUUGCUGUGAUGUUUUUCCAUGGCUCUUCGGUCACAUUUGUUGAAUUUGUUGAAUUUUUGUAUCAAUAUUUGAUUUGUAUAACUAAAUAAAUUUGACACUAGAGCUAGAAUACAUUGUUUGAGAUAUUUUAUUUGAAUAGAUUAUCAUGUUUUUACUCAUUCUGGCAAUUGUCAGAAGUUUUUAGUAUUUCAAAAGUUUGUUUUCUUGUUUCUUUUCAUCUGUUUUGCCCAUUAUAAUUUAUUGCAGUUUUUUUAAUGCCUGUUUGCUUCUCAUUAAACUAGUUUGAAAAUUGGCCGUCAUUUUAAAAAUGUAAAUAUACAUGUAUAUAGAAUAAUUUAUGGAAAAAAAAAAACAAUUAAAAAGAUUAAGAUAUACAAAAAACUUGAAACAAAAAAAAAAGAGCAAAAAAAAUAGAAAAAGUAGAAAAAAAAAACAAAAAAAUAUAUUGUGCCAUUUUCAUCUUGUUAAUGCAAGUCAUCUUUUUAUUCAUUGAGCAUAUUAUUUUUUCAUUUCAAAUCAUUAGCAUAGCUUGCUUAUAAAAGAAGGCAUGCUUCUCUAAAAGAUUUUUUUUAAAAGUUACAUAAAAUAUGAAUAAAUAAAUAAACACAUAUUUUUUCACUCUGAUACUGUAAAUAUUUAUUGUCUGACGUUUCUUGUAUUUUUUAGAUCAGUCAAAUAUAUUUAUCAGGGUGGAAUAUGUCAUACCUAAAUCUAUUUGUGGCUUUCUUUUAGAAGAAAAGCUUGCGACUGAAGUAGAUUGUUACACUGAAAUUUUCAUGGCUUACAAGUAUAUUUUUUGUGAAAAUAAUCUUUGAACCAUAUUGGAUCUUAAGUGUUAAAUGUCAGUAUAAUAAGAUCAGUUAUUUAGAAAUAAAGACAAUGUAUUGAAUCAGCUUAUUUCUGUUUUAAAUAUUUGAUGAAUAGAUUUUAAUAAUACCAAAGUCAGAAUUUUACUUUAUAAGCUGCCUCCUGAAACUCUUUUUACAAAAAAAUAUCUUACGAUUAGAAUCAAUCUUCAGUCCUAAUACUUUUUUAAUGACUUAUAUUCAUUUUUACUCAUAAAAUUUUUGAUUAAAAGGUUUGCUGUUUUUUUUAGGGGUCAUCUGUUUCAUUUUGAAAUGUCCUUAUAUAUAUUUACACUUUUAUCAUGUAGAGAGAAAAAUCAUGAUGGCAGAUUUAAGAACAAAAACUAAAAAAAUCCAAAAAAUAGUAACAUAACAUUGUAGCUUUGGGCUGGUAGCUUUAAAGACGGGAUAUAUCAUGUACACAUGUAUAUGUUUCUUAUAUGAGAUGAUUUCAAGCUGAUUGGUUUCAAAAUUUUUACAUCAAAGGAAAAAGAGUUGUCUUUUCCUUACAUCAGAUAUAAGUUACUGGAUCCUUGUUAAAAAGUUACUUUUCCAGUGCUUUUUUAAAUGAAAAACAAAUAUAUUUUUUAAUGGUAGCAUGAAGCAUUUGAACAUUUCAGAUAUUUUAGUAUUGUUUUUGUACAGAUAUUGUUAAGUAUUGUGAUAAGUUUAUAUUGUGUUGUAUUUUGUUUUCAAUCAACAAUAUUUUUACAUUACAUUUUGAGAGGUCAGUCGAUAGAAAGACAUUUUUUAUAUUACAUCUCAAACAUUUUUCCAGGUUACAUGUACAAUCUGCCUUAAAUUGUUGAUGUUUAUAUUAGAUUGUUAAUUAUUGGUACAUAAUUAUAAUUUUUGAAAAUAAUGUAUGAAAAGAAUUUUUCUAAUGUUUAAUACAAAUACAUCAUUUAUUAAUCUUUUUUAAAUGUUACAAAGGAAGAAAAAAUUAGCAGCAGAAUUUAAACCCAACUAAAAAAAGUAAAAUUAUUUGAUAACUUACGGAUGUAGUCAUGUUAGUUUUAGGAAUUUUUGUCAGAUGUUCGGACUCUUUGCGUUUAGAAUAAUGUCAAUGCUAAAUAUAAGGUGAGGUCUGAGUCAGCCUUUUCCAGCCAUUUGUUUUAAUCAAAAUAUCUUGAAAAGGAGUGCCAUAACCUAUCAAUUUUGAGUUUAUUUUGUUUCUUAACUUAUGCUCUUCUGACUUAUAGUAUCCAUUUUAAAUUCUAGAUUUUUUUUUAGUUUCACCCGAAUACAUCCUUAAUUGAUUUUAGUUCUUUCCAUUUUUACCUCACCAGGGCCCGAAUGUCCCCAUGUGAGCUUAUGCCAUCACUUGGCGUCUGUCGUCGUCUGUCGUCGUAAACUAUUUCAAAAAUCUUCUCCUCUGAAACUGUAGGGCCAAAUACCUUCAAACUUUAAAUAAAUGUUCCUUAGGGUAUCUAGUUUAUAAAUUGUAUCCGAAGUUUUGAUCCAUCGACAAACAUGGCCGCCAUGGCUAAAAAUAGAACAUAGGGGUCAAAUGCAGUUUUUGGCUUAUAUCUCAAAAACUAAAGCUUUUAGAGCAAAUCUGACAGGGGUCAAAUUGUUCAAUUGGUCAAGAUCUAUCAGCUCUGAAAUUUUCAGACGAAUCGAACAACCCAUUGUUGGGUUGCUGCCACCGAAUUGGUAGUUUUAACAAAAUUUUGCAGUUUUUUGUUAUCAUUUUGAAUAUUAUUAUAGAUAUAUAUAAACUGUAAGCAGCAGUAAUGUUCAGCAAAGUAAGAUCUACAAAAAAGUUAAUAUGACCAAAAUUGUCAAUUGACCCCUUAAGGAGUUAUUGCCCUUUAAAGACAAUUUUACACAAUUUGUUCAUCAAGUUUGCUAACAUUUAAAAAUCUUCUCCUCUGAAAUACAGGUGAGCAAUUCAGGCUCUUGAGAGCCUCUUGUUUAAGCAGCUCUUACAAAGCCCAUUUCUAGAGAGAUCCCUACUCAUAUAAAUCCUGUUUCUUAUUAUUGCAGAGCAGAAUUUCUUGGUCAGUCCCUUUAUAAGGCCACAUUCCAUUUGUUAAUGUGUGUUAAGAGCCUUGCUUAUAAUGCUAAAUAUUAAACAAAUAUAAAGCUGUUGAAAAUUGUUUUUCAAAACAACUAUGCAAAAAUGGAAUGUAUAGAGAUUUUACACAUAUCAUCACAUCUAUUUCAUGUACAAUUACAAAUUGAGAAAAUUCUAGAUUUGUAUAAAAAAAAAAUACUAGUUAUUUUAGAAAGAUCAGGAUGUAGAAUUGAUUUUUUUUUCCAGAAUUUUUUCAUUUCAUUAAAGCUCAAUUUAGCGUCAGUAAAUAGGUUUCACAACUAAUCAGUCAUAUUAGAACUUAGCUGCAGAGCCGUAGCUCUUACGGUCCUUUUGAUAUUUUUUGACAAUUUGAGGACUAUGGUCUGCAAAUUGUCAAAAAAUAUCAUAUGGAUCAUAAAAGCUACAGUUAGGCAGCUAAUUAGGAUUUUACCUUUUUACCAAAUUAGAAUAUUAACAUUUCUUUUUUUUUUAAUUUUCAGAUUACAGUUUGUGUGAUGUAAUUUAGGCAAAUGAUUUUCAGACAUGAAAUAACAAAAUAUAUUGAUAAUUAAUUUAUAUCUUCAAAACUUAUGAUCAGCUACAGCAAGAAUUAGAAUUUUUAGAGUUUGAACUUGAUCUAAAUCAGUACGAAACAAAAUAGAAUUAGAUAGAAUAUUGUUUGUUUAAAUCACUGUAAGAAUUGUCAACUUUAUUAUUCAUUGAAACUCUGCGCAAAGGGAAAUUGAAAUCAUUUCUCAAUACAGUUAAUCACCUAACUUAAUAAAGAUUAGUUACAUUUAUUAUCAUUUUUAGUCACAGAUUAAUACAUGUUAAUUUGUCCUGGAUAUUCUUGAAAUAUUUGCCACUGGACAUUAGGCAUUAAGCAACUGUCAAUCAUGUUUGUCAUUAUAUAGCCAAACUCAGCACAUUUAGCAUAUUUAAGAUGCCAGUAUUGUUAGUAAUACCUUCUUUUUUACUUUUUUUUUGACUUAUUGUUUUUUAAAGAAAAUUUCUUUGUUUAGUUAAAGUUAAGAUUAUGACAUUUGCCAUUGUAAGAAGAAUUUUUAGUAUAAUUUAUGUUUUGUUUUGUUUUUUUGUUUGUUUGUUUGUUUGUUUCAGCACCUUAUCAAUCAUACAAAAUUCAUUUACAAAAAAUUCACAUGAACAAUAGAUAGCAGCAAUGUAACUCUUGCUAUUCAUUGUAUGCUGGCCAUUCUCCAUUUUUUGGAUCAUAUUUUAAUGUUUUGUCUGUAUAUUUAUGGCUUUAUCAAUAAAAUUUUAUGGCCAGA